AUGGAUGUAGCGAAACAUUGCGCGAAGUGCGAUCGUCCGGACACGGCGGAUAACCUAGUCGGAUGCGAUACGUGCGAAACCUGGAUGCACUACGGGUGCGCACAAGUGACAGAUUCCAUCGCCGAGGAGAAUCGUAGUUGGAAAUGUGAUCAAUGUCGUGAUGCAGAAACAUCCCAGUCUCGGGUGUCGUUCGGUCGCUCAGCUUCAAGCAAGCGCUCAUCUAGGUUAGAUCUCAGCCUAAAGAUGAUAGAAGAACAAAAGGAGAUGGAAAAGAGGAGAAUCUUGGAGGAAGAAGCUGCUCAAGCAGCCGCUAGGAAGAAGCUAGCCGAAACGGAGGAGAAGUUUAUGAAGAAAAAAUAUGAACUUCUGCUGAUAGAGGCUGAUGAUUCGGAAGGCGCAGAAACGAGAUCAAGACUGAGUAGUCGAGCUGAACGUGAAAAAGUUAAGACGUGGUUAAGCGAGCAGGAAGUCAGCACAGCACAUCGAGUAAAAGUAGUGUCAUCCAGUUGCAUUCCGCAAACGUCCGCAGCUUCAGAAAUAGCUCAACAGUCUACAGCUCCAGCUUCUAGUGUAUUAAACCGAAUCGUGCCGCAUGUUGCCGUUGUCGAGCCACCGGCUCCCAUGUCAGCUUCCACCCCGAACUCGGUUGAGGGUUCCAGAAACAAGGAACAUCCCGUUGCAGCGACUGUUCCGCAAUCUGCAAUUCCGGUGAGAUCGAGUGGAGAUUUCGUUUCACACACUGAAAUUACUCUUGACAUUCCCCGAAGACCACCGGUAAGUUCAUCGUUGACUAGAUGUAAUUCCUCUAUCCGGAUCAAUUCCUGCGUUCCGAUGGAUGCCGGCAGGAUCAACCGUAGCGCCCCUCCUUCGAUUGUCGAAUCACACCCCGCGCGCAGUCGCUGUCACCUACCAGAACCGAUUGUAAAUAAUAUUCCAAUAAAUAUAAGUCAGGCAUCGGGAUGUGUCGAUAUCGCAGUCGUGUGUCAGUCUAGUAGAGGCCCAAUGUUACAUGAUAGCAUAGUAGGGACAAGUGCACCAGUAGUCAGUACUAUAAACCAUAUGUAUCCACCUAUGUCAAAUUACAAUACUACUUUCUCAACGGUCUCCUCAACGCUAAGUCAACAGUGCGUAACGAAUGGUCCAGUGCAAAUAGUAAAUAGUUCUAGUGCGUACAAUAGCAUAGCUGUUCCACAGUAUGGCGCUAUUAAUUCUGGUGAUUUAGUAGACGAGAAUCCACAAAGUUUGCAGAAUUCUGUUCCCUUUGUAACAAUGCAAGCAUCUCGACCAGUGUUUAACUCCGGUUGUCAAUCAACGUGGGUUAAUAAUAAUAUAACCAGUGCGAGAGUCGGUGGGACCAGCAGCGGGAUACAGUCGGUACCCAUAGUUUCAUCGCAUGGAGAUGGAAUAUUCGCCAAUUGUGGUGGUGUUUCAAGGUUUGCCAACCAGUUGGUACCAUCUGCAUACAUCACCGCCCCACACCAAGUUGGGUUACAGGCUACCCAAGCAUGGCCAGGUCAAAGUUCGUUCUAUACACAGUCACAAUCACAGCCGCAGCAGCAACAGUCCGCUGCAUCUGUGCGAAGUGGACCAUCCAGCGAACAGAUAGCCGCGAGACAAGUGAUGCCACGAGAACUGCCAAACUUUUCGGGCGACCCUCAGGAUUGGCCACUAUUUUACAGUUCGUUUUACAAUUCAACAGUGGCUUGUGGAUAUACUGACUCGGAAAACUUGGCGCGGCUACAGCGCUGUUUAAAGGGUAACGCGUUAGAAGCUGUUAGAACCCGGUUACUAAUGCCAGACUCGGUGCCGUUCGUAAUUGAUACACUGAAACGGCUGUACGGCCGGCCGGAAAUUCUGAUACACUCUCUCCUCCAAAAGUUGCGAGCGGCACCUGCGCCGAAAACUGACAACCUACAGUCGCAAAUUAAUUUCGGUCUCGCGGUACAAAAUGUUGUGGAUCACAUGUCUAUCGCCAAUCUUACGGAUCAUCUCUGCAAUCCCACGCUGCUUCAUGAGUUGGUGGAAAAACUGCCACCCCAAAUUAAAAUGCAGUGGUCGUACUACAAAAACAAAUGCGCUAGUGUCAAUCUGACCGCCUUCAGCGCUUUUAUGUCGGAACUCAUGGUAAUGGCCUCGGAUGUUACCCUUCCAAUGGACGCUCUCGCCCUAAGUUCGAAGCCCGGAAGAUCGGGCAAGGAAAAACCGAAACUGUAUGUACAUUCCGAUGAACAUCGGGAGAGGAAAACCGUAGCAGCAGAGCAACACCUGGCUCAAACAGAACGAGCAAAGAAGGCCUGUAUCUACUGCGCAAACGAACAUCACGAGAUCGCAAGCUGUAAGCAAUUUAAAGCACUGGAUAUCGAUGGUAGAUGGAAAGUAGUUAAGCAGAAAAACUUGUGCAGGAGCUGCCUCGUACCACAUCGGAAAUGGCCAUGUCGCACAAGAAAGGAAUGCGGAGUGAACGGGUGCAGGAUACAUCAUCACAUACUUCUACACUCGCCAAACAGUUCGGCCGAUACUUCGAACGGCUCCGGGAAUGCAAGUACCGUUGUACAUCAAAAUCUUCAUCGUUCGACGUCGUAUUCCUUAUUUCGAUAUUUACCAGUAACUAUAUAUGGAAACGGUAAACAAGUCAGUACUUACGCGUUUCUGGAUGAGGGGUCUAGUUCCACGCUUUUAGAACGCAGUAUUGCGUUGGCUCUUGGUAUUAAGGGACCACCUGAUGGCUUCUGCUUAAGCUGGACAGGAAAUAUUUCAAGGGAGGAGAAGGAAUCCGAACGUGUUAGCGUGGUGAUCUGUGGUGACGGCAAGCAGUUUAAGCUCCAUAAUGUGAGAACAGUGCAGCAGCUCCAGUUACCAGCGCAGACGAUGUGCUAUGAGGAUUUGGCUCGUACUUAUCAUCAUCUAAAGGGUCUUCCAGUUCGAAGUUACACGGAUGCAAUUCCGGGUAUUAUCAUCGGAAUAGAACAUAUCCGGCUACUAACUGCCUUGCGAACGCGAGAGGGACGUGAUAACGAGCCGGUAGCUACAAAAACACGCUUGGGCUGGUGCGUAUUCGGUAGAAGCUCCAACAACGGAGACGGGAUGCAGCAGUUGAAUCUACAUCUCGUGGGUGAAGUAUCAAACCGCGAACUGCAUCAGUUAAUGAAGCAAUUCUUCACAGUCGAAGGGUCCAGCGUUACCGUGAAGCCAGAGUCAGAAGAAGACCGACGAGCGCGGCGAAUAAUGGAAGCUACAACUCGUCGUGUUGACAACCAUUACGAGAUAGGGCUACUAUGGAGAUACGAUAAGCUAUGCUUUCCGAACAGUUACCCGAUGGCACUGCGGCGGUUACAAGCGUUAGAGAAACGGCUAAGUAAGGAUCCAGUGUUAGCAAAAGUGAGGGAGAAGAUAAUGGAAUACGAAGCGAAGGGAUAUGCUCAUCGCAUUACGCCGGAAGAGCAGAGCUCUACGGAUCCCAGUAAAGUCUGGUACUUACCCUUGGGAGUGGUCCAGAACCCAAAGAAACCGAAUAAGUUGCGGUUAAUAUGGGACGCUAAAGCACGAGUAGGAGGAACAUCGUUUAACGACAUGCUGCUAAAAGGUCCGGACCUCCUUGUAUCUCUGAUGGAGGUAUUGUUGCGCUUCAGACAGCGGAACAUUGCGGUGGUAGGUGAUAUUAAGGAAAUGUUCCACCAGAUCCGGAUACGGGAUGAUGAUAAACAGGCCCAGAGAUUCAUAUUUCGACAAAGUCCAGAGAUAGAACCCCAGGAGUAUGUUAUGGACGUAGCAACCUUCGGGGCAUCGUGCUCGCCAAGUCUGGCACAAUUUAUAAAAAACAAGAACGCAUCGGAGUUUGCUGGAGCCUUUUCGAGGGCGGCGAAAGCUAUAACGCAAAACCACUAUGUGGAUGAUCUUCUAGAUAGCGUAGACACCGAAGAGGAGGCCAUCCAGCUAGUCAACGAAGUAAAGCACAUACAUCUUCAAGCAGGAUUCGAGAUUCGCAACUUCUGUUCCAAUUCAGUCGGAGUCCUGGCGAGCAUUGGAGAACCGGUAGCGCGUCGACAAAUAUCCAUGAACUUGGAAAAAUCCCCAGAAUCAGAGCGAGUCCUUGGAUUGAUCUGGAAGCCAACGGAGGAUGUUUUCACGUUCGACAUAAACAGUAUGAAGGAGGAGAUAAAGACGCUGAUUCACAGCGGAGCUACACCUAGUAAACGGCAAGUUCUACAAACGGUAAUGUCCUUGUUCGACCCACUGGGGCUGAUAGCGCACCUCGUUGUCCAUGGGAAAAUACUCAUGCAACAGAUUUGGAGAACCGGAACAGAAUGGGACGAGCUCAUUGCGGAAGAAUUGUGGGACGAUUGGAGACUGUGGUGUCAGUGCCUGCAGCGUUUGGACGAAGUGAAGGUACCUCGUUGCUUCUUCAAAGGGGUAGGCAUUACUACACUCAAAGAUGCGGAAGCCCACCUGUUCGUAGAUGCUAGUGAGAUGGCUUGUGCAUCGGUUCUGUAUCUUCGCUUCAUGGACAACGGUAAACCCAGAUGUGUCCUAGUAGCCGCGAAAACGAAGGUCGCCCCGCUGAAACCACUUUCCAUCCCGCGUCUUGAACUUCAAGCGGCAAUGAUCGGAACAAGGUUGAUGGAUUCCGUUCUAAACGCUCUAGAUAUUCAAAUUACCAAGCGCUUCUUGUGGACUGAUUCGACAACGGUCCUCUGCUGGUUGCGAUCUGAUAGUCGGCGCUACCAUCAAUUCGUUGCCUUCCGGGUAGGAGAAAUCCUCACCUUAAGCAGUGUUGAUGAGUGGCAUUACGUGCCAUCGAAGAAGAACGUCGCUGAUGUCGCCACAAAAUGGAAAGAUGGACCAAGCUUCGAUCCGAACCAUCCGUGGUACAAUGCUCCGGAAUUCCUAUACCAAGCGCAGGAUCAGUGGCCGUCGGAACCGCUCCAGAGUCAGGCGGAAACGGAAACCGAACUACGUGCCGUGUUUCUCUUCCACGGUACGGUGCCUUAUGAGCUAUUGGAAAUGUCUAGGUUUUCGAAAUGGAACCGUCUGUUGAGAGCUACAGCCUACGUUCUACGAGCCGUGCGGAGAUUCAAGGGAGAAAAACCUGUUAAACCAGAUCAUCUAACACAGGGCGAGCUGUACAAUGCAGAAAACCUAAUAUGGAGACAAGUGCAAGCUGGGACGUACCCGGAUGAGUACGCAAUCCUACGGCGUAAUUUAGCGAAUCCCGCAAGUCCGUCUCAAAUCCCGAAGAACAGUCCACUAUACCGCCUUUCGGUAUUCCUAGACGAGCGAGGCGUCGUCCGAAUGAAUAGUAGAAUCUCCACCGCGCCUUCUGUGCCGUAUGACAUGCAGUUCCCAAUUGUGCUACCAAGGAAGCACCCGGCAAUACGUCUUCUAACAGAGGACUACCAUCGCAGGUUUCUCCACAGUAAUGGCGAAACAGUUUGCAACGAAAUGCGUCAACGAUUCCUUGUGCCAGGAUUACGUAUUCUGAUUCGUCAGGUGGCGAAGCAAUGUGUGACUUGCCGUGUUAGAAAAGCUGUACCAGCACCGCCUAUGAUGUCAGCUCUACCAAAAGUCCGCGUAACAGGGAUGGUCAGGCCAUUCACCCACACUGGCGUGGACUAUCUGGGACCAAUACAGAUCAAACAGGGGCGCAGUUUAGUGAAAAGGUGGGUUGCAUUAUUCACCUGUCUCGCGAUUCGGGCUGUGCACCUGGAGGUAGUGCAUAGUCUGUCUACGCAGUCGUGCGUGAUGGCUAUCAGGCGUUUCGUGGCUCGACGUGGUUCCCCGGAAACCUUUCACAGCGACAACGGGACAAACUUCGUGGGCGCGAGCAACCUAUUGGCAAACCAAGUACAGAACAUCCAUGAGGACUGCGCCGUAACUUUCACGAACGGUGAGACAAGCUGGCUGUUCAAUCCGCCAUCCACACCCCAUAUGGGUGGCUGUUGGGAGCGCAUGGUGCGCUCCGUUAAAUCCGCUAUAUCUGCCAUUGCGGAUCAUCCCCGACAUCCUUGCGAUGAGGUAUUCGAGACAGUCGUGAUUGAAGCUGAGUCGAUCAUUAACUCCAGGCCUCUGACGUACAUCCCGUUGGAGUCAGCAGAACAGGAGUCUCUCACACCUAAUCACUUUUUGCUCUUCGGUACGAAAGGCAUCACUCAACCGGGGAUACCUAUUAAGGCGGAGGAAAAUAGCUUGCGGGACAGUUGGCGUCUCGCACAGUACUUAGUGGACCACUUCUGGACUCGGUGGAUACGGGAGUACCUCCCAACUAUAACGAAGCGUACCAAAUGGUUUGAGCCGGUUAAGCCAUUGAAAACCGGUGACCUUGUACUGGUGGUUGAGGAUAGUAAGCGGAAUGGCUGGUUAAGAGGCAGGAUCGUAGACGUGAUUAAGGCGGCGGAUGGACAGGUUCGGCGAGCAGUUGUACAGACUAAAAACGGAAUGCUCAACAGACCUGCGGUAAAAUUAGCACUCCUCGAUAUUCAGUUGCCUGUAGACGGUCCGGAACUACACGGGCAGGGGGAUGUUACGAAACGGCUGGGCGGUUUCGCUCAGUGUGAGUUCGGUACCGCCCGUAACAGUCAUUCUGACGGUACAUAA